AUGGCUACUCGCAAGUUCGCGGAUUCAACGCGGUACCAUCUCAGCCCUAAGGGCUUUUGGAAGAAGUUCAGGGAUGCCGUUGUCAUAAAUCCCGAGAUAUCUAGUGGUCUCCCGUUGCCCGGUGUGUUCAGAUAUCCUCCUCCAGGAUCGAGACCAGAGGUGUACGCUACACCGGCUACCAAGGCGUCCGACCCUGCACAAAACCCAUACUGGAAGCGUGAUGUCCGACGCGUUUACCCUCAGCUGUCCGUUGUGACACAGACAGAACUCUCCUCCCUUCUCAUUCAACACUCUCAGGCUCCAGCUGUUGCUGCACCCGCUGAAGGAGAAGCCGCCGAUGGAUCUUCUGUGCCCGCGACCGCGCCAGAGCCGAUAGAGCUGACUGCUGCAAUCGCCAAGGUCUCUUCCGCCGGGAAACUGUUCUCGGAGUCCAAGUUGCCUCCGACACUCCCUGUUUCCAGCAAGCGCUGGAUACCUGAACGUGUUGACGAUGCUCCGCAUGAUCCUAGCGCAUAUUUCCCCAUGUUGCUGUACAAGUAG